UAUAAAUUUCACAAUCUCGACGCUAGUCUUGGCCUCCGCAAUCUCAACUGCCGUCCUCGGGCAAUGAGAGCGCCAAGCUCAACCAUUACUGCCCACACAAACUCCACUUGCAGAAUCGCCUCAUCAAGAAUCCAUCGUUCUUCCACCUAUCUCUCCUCUCUGCCUUCCACAAAACUCCUAAAGCAAACCCACGCCACGCUCCUUCGUUCCGGAGAAAUCCACGACGCCAUCAUCGCCGGCAAACUAAUCUCCAACAUCGCUAACUCCCAUCCCUCAAACCUCCCUUACGCCCUAACCUUCCUCUCCCAUGCCACGAACAUCCCCAUCAACGCCUUCGCCUGGAACUCCCUUAUCCGUGGCUUCGCUCACAGCCCUUCCCCUGAGAACUCCAUCUCUCUCUACCGCCGCAUGCUAGCCGACGGUUUUUUUCCCAAUAACUACACCUACCCCUUCCUUCUCAAGGCCUCCAGUUAUCUUGAAGACCGCCGGAUAGGGCUAUCUCUCCACGCCACAAUCAUUCGCAGAGGCCUUGAUGGUAUGGAUCCCUUCAUUCAGACCUCGCUCAUUAAUUUUCAUGCGGUGCUUGUAUCCGUGGAAACUGCACGUCAACUGUUUGAUGAAAGUCUUGUGAGGGAUGUCACUUCUUGGAAUGCCCUUAUUAAGGGAUACGUGGCGUGUGGACAGCACAUGAAUGCCAUUUAUAUGUUCCAAGCAAUGCAGGACUGUGGUCCUUUCUGCGCGGAUGAGAUUACAAUGCUUAGUGUUGUAUCUGCCUGUGCGCAUCUCGGGGCGUUGGAGAUGGGUAGAUGGGUUCACUCUUAUAUUGAGAGGAAUAGGUUCGUACUGAAUCUUAAUCUUGGAACCGCGCUAAUCAAUAUGUAUGCUAAGUGUGGGGAGAUCGAUAGCGCCAAAGUUUUGUUUUGGGAGAUGCAGGAGAAGGAUGUGAGGACGUGGAGUGUAAUGAUUAACGGGCUUGCGAUUCAUGGGCAUGCCAAAGAGGCGCUGGUUCUCUUUGAAGAGAUGCAGAGAUUUGGAGUUUUUCCUGAUUCAGUGACCAUAACUGCUCUGUUGAUUGCUUGCAGCCAUGGAGGAAUGGUGGAACAGGGUAGGACUAUCUUUUCUAGGAUGAGAAUGGAUUACGAUAUAGAGCCCACUAUCGAGCAUUAUGGCUGCAUUGUAGGUCUAUUGGGAAGAGCAGGGAAGCUAGAUGAGGCCUUGGCUUUGAUCAGGAGGAGUUCACUAAAGCCAGAUAUAGUUCUCUGGGGCUCCCUUUUGGUGGAUUGUAUGGUGCACAAAAACAUUGGGAUGGGAGAAAUCGUUGUGAAGGAAAUUCUGAAAUUGGAUCCUAACAAUGCUGGGGCUCAUGUGUUUUUGUCCAAUAUGUAUGCCACAUCUGGGAAGUGGGAUGUUGUGCAGGAGGUUAGGAACUUCAUGAAGGAACAAAUGAUACAUAAGCCUCCAGGAUCAAGCUUGAUUGAAGUAAAUGGAGUUGUUCACGAGUUCUUGUCUGGAGACAGUUCACAUCCGCAAUUUGAUGGGAUUUACAAGAUGUUGGAUGAAAUAUGCAGGCUUGUAAGCCUCAAAGGCCACAAGCCACUGGUAGGAGGCGUUUCAUUUGACAUUAAUGAUGAGGAUAGGGAGGUUUGUCUGUCUCAGCACAGUGAAAAGUUGGCUGUUGCUUUUGGUUUGAUCAGUACAAAUCCCGGGUCUGUUAUCCGUAUCAUUAAGAACCUUAGAAUUUGCCGUGAUUGCCAUGCAGUGAUGAAGUUGGUUUCUGAGGCUUUUGGCAGGAUUAUCAUUGUGAGGGAUUGCAAUCGUUUCCACCACUUCAGCAAAGGAUCUUGCUCUUGUCGAGACUAUUGGUGAUGGUGACACUGGCAGAGUAUUGGGGACUAAGCACUCCCAAACUCUUAUUUAAUAUUUCUCGUCUUUUUCGAGUUUGGGGAAUGAGUCUUGAUUCAGAUAAUUGAUUGGUUGCUAUCUCUUUCCCUUUAAGCAACUUAAUGACAUGAAUGGUAAAAUGCUUGGUUGUAGAUAGAGUUGCUAGCAGAUAUAGCUUCUGAAGUGCUAUGCUAGAUUUCUGUGUGGGAGUGCUAUCACUCAUCAUCGGAAGCUUUAGCUUAUGUUUUGCAAGCAAGUCUGGUAAAGGAGGGGAAACUAGUUUGAAAGAUACAUGGACAAAAGUAAAGGAGCAUUCUGAGAGUACGGACAAGAAUCAGUCAAAUGGCUUCAUUUGAUCAGCUUUCCUGGCUUUAGCUGGUUCGGGGAGUGGCAUAGGCUCAAUGGGAGCUGAAUCUUGACUUGUAUAGGUCAUCUCCAACUGAAUGAAAAAUAGAACGUCAUUUUCGCGUUUUGAAUACUGCGACGUCAAUAUUGGCACCCCACUGCUCACAGAGGAGAUAAAGUGCAAAAUGCAUUUCUGUUUGGUGUUCAGGUGGAGACUUGUUGCAACUACAAAUAGACGAUAGUGGCAAUGGCUUUGCUUGACGGCACUUUGGCUUCUCUUAUUGUCCAGAUCGCUGAUGAAGUAAAUGAGUGUGCUUUCUGCUGCUCAUGAAUCCGGUGUUGAUUGAAGGGACCGCAAGAUUCACAAGUGGCGCUAAGCACGUGCAGUCUUCUUAUAAAGAAACAACUUUGCGUCUUCAAAGAGGUUUGAUGACUGCUGCUGAGAAGGCAAAUGGAACUUAUCUUGCACUGCUCAGAAUACUGUUGAUUUUGUUACCAAAGGCAAGCAAUCUAUCUCAUUACAACAAGUUUAAGGUUUUGUUUGGAGGGAUUAUUACGUGCGGAGUCCGGACGUUGAGAAUUGUUCGGUUUUGUGACUGUGAAUAUUAAAAGUGAUGUGGUGUAAAAACGCAAUUACUGUUCACCACUGCACUUUAACUAUUCACUGUCACAAAACCGAACAGUUCUCUAUAUCCGGACUCCACACGUAAUAAUCUCUCUUUUGUUUGGGAUGACUUUCUUAGUGCUUCUUAAAACAAUUUCUUAGUACAAAAAUUUAAUUUUUUUACUAGAAGUUGUAUUAAGAAUUUAAGAAGUAACAAGAAAGUUGCCUCAAAUGACAUCUAAAUUCCAUUAAUUAAGAGUUUAAAGCACAUAUGAGAUGGUUAUUUUUUGGAGCCAUUGCCACCUCUCUCUCUCCUUUUACAAUUCCUUUUUAUUUUUUA